CUCAAGUGCUUGGCACAGAAAAAUGAGCCAGUGGGUAACUGUGCUCUGGCAGUCCGACAUGCAGCUGACUGGCAAGCUGGUCCUUUCUGCCGCCUCUCUGCUCCUGCUGACUUUGGCAUACAGAUUUUACAAGUCUCGCUCAGCACCUGGAGGCAACAACCCAACAUCUGAUGCUUGCAGGGAGAAGGGGAGAAAGGAAAAUGCAGCCCCGGAUGGACAGAAUGUGGAGGGUCUGCGGCACAGGUGGGUGUUUGGGGCACGGAGUGGUGGUGAUGCCCAAGCGAGCGUCCCAGAUCCAUGGCGGAAGAGAGAGAAAAUUCUGCCACUGAGUGAGGAGGAAGACGGAGGAGAGGCAAAAUCUCAUGGCAUCAGGGAUCUGAAUGAAAUGCUGAAUGGGGACGAGGGUGGUGGGAAUGGGCACAGUCUGCUUGUCCCACACGUGCUUCCUGACCAGAUGGCAGGGGAUGGAGGCGCACAAAGCACCGAGCAGGAUUUGGCCAGAAGAAUCACCAGCCAGGAGGGGAGCGGUGGGACAAUCCAGACCCUUAGUGUCACCUCGGAGCUGGGGGUAAAUAUAACAGCAAGCUACAGGGAAGCAGAUACCUCCUACUCUUUCUCAUCAAUUGCAAAGAUCCAGGUGGAGGAGAGCUACAUUGCUGAGAAGACGACAAAGGAUGGAGAUGGGCGGCUGUCUCCUGGCCUCAAAGGUAAAGUCUAUGACUACUAUGUCCAGUCCAUCUCCCGUUCAGUAUCAACAAAAAAGUCUCUCCCAUCUGCCUCUAUGGGGACAGCCUUGAGCUGCAGAUCAGAGUGUGUCAGGGAAGAGCUGCAGUGCUUGGAGUGGGUCAACACAGAGAAACAAAGAUUGGAGCAGGUCAGCGAAGAGCUGCAGAGAUCAGAGGGGGUCAACAAAAAGCUGCAAAGCUUUGCCACUCCGCUUGCUGAGACUCAAUCCCAAGAAACAACCGUGGCAUUGCAGGAUCCUACCACCUCUCUUACUGUCCCAUCAAAUGCGGACAGCUUAGAGAAGGACCCCAAGUCUCCAGCUCCCACUCGCAGCAUCAACCGUAAGAACAGUGUCCUCCAGAUUGCAGAGAACUCUCACCUCCAGCUGCCCAUGGAUGGGUUCUGUGUCAAACCAGCCAGCAUGCCACCAGCAAGCCCUCAGCCAGAUCUGGUGGGCAAAGCCAACUUCUUCCAAACAUCACCCUCCUCCCUAGAUACCCAUUUGGACCUGGGGAACUGCUAUGAGGUCCUCUGUAGGGCAAAGGCAGAGAACCUAGGCUUCCUGCAGGAGGCUGCCUACAAGGUCAUGAGUGACAACUACCUACAGGUGCUGAGGACGCCCUCCAUCUACUGCUGCCUCAACGCUAGUGAGCGGGACCUCAUCCUUCAGCGCAGAAUGAAGGGGAAGAUGUGUGUUGUUGUGGCAGACAUCAGCACACGUGAGCUUGGACUCUAUUCUAGCCGACUCUGCUGCUAUGAUGACAGAGGGGACCGCUGGCAUCACCUUUGCCACAUGCCACCAGAGGUAGUCUCCCAGGGGUGUGCCAUGUGCAGCAUGUUCAACUACCUCUUUGUGGUAGCAGGCUGUGAAGGCUUGGGCUGCACACCUUCCAACCGUGUCUUCUGCUACAACCCACUGACCAAUAUCUGGAGGGAGAUCUGCCCCUUGAACCAAGCACGUCCUCACUGCAAGCUGGUGGCCUUGGAUGGCUGCCUCUAUGCCAUCGGUGGAGAGUGCCUCUACACAGUGGAGCGAUAUGACCCACGGUAUGACCGCUGGGUCUUCGUUGCUCCACUGCCUCAUGACACCUUUGCUGUAGCCCACAUGGCCACAGUGUGUGACGGGGAGAUCUAUGUGACGGGAGGCACCUUGCGCUAUGUGCUACUGCGCUACAUAGCCCGUGAGGACAUCUGGACAGUCAGCCCAGCUGGAGGCGGCAAGGACAGGACAGUGGAGAUGGUGAGCAUCAAUGGUUUCAUCUACCGCUUCGACCUCAAUUGCAAUAUGGGUAUUGGUGUCUAUCGCUGUAGAGCCAAGGCCAAGCUGUGGUAUGAGUGUGCCACCCAUGCCAAAGCCUACCCAGCCUGCUUCCAGUGUGCUGUGGUGGGUAGCCUGGUGCAUUGCAUUGGUCGCCACUUCCACAUCCGUUUCUUGGCUGACCCCAUCUCACCGCGCUUUGGGACCAAGGAGCUGCAGCCUUUCCCUUCACCCCGGGGCAGCCUGAUCCCAGUUGUCCUGGUGCUGCCAUGGGCAGGGAUGGAGCAGACACAGGUCUGAGACACGAUGAGAUUGUGACAACCAGGUAACAGAAGUGACCAACCUUCAUUUACAGCUUUCUAUUGGACUAACGCUAUCUGGACAAUGUCACAUUCAUUUACCUUCCACUGAUGGACCAAUGCCAUCAGGACGAGGCCACCGCCUCAUCUUCCCAUUCCCUGUAAGUGGAAAAGAAGAAGGCAGAAUGCACUUGAACACACACAAAUGCAGUGCUGGGGACACGAGAAAGAGCAAAGCUGGAGCUGGGUGGACUCGUUUGCCUACAGGUAUUUAAAUGCAGGUGUGUCUGCUUGAACGCAAAUAAACUCAGGCUCCCAGCUACCUCCAUAGAUUGCUGCUUUGCAGACAGCAGGUUUUUAAUACUGGCCCACAUGCCCAACGUAUGGGGGGUUUAGGACAUAGAAAGACAGCAGUGAAGUUUGGUCCGUAAGAGAUAUCUCCAGAGCAUGUCCCCAUCAGUAUCAAGCUGUUAUUGAGCCUUCGUGUCACCCUAGAGUGGGAGACUGGGGACCAAAGCAUCCCAUCAAGGUAUCGCUCCUUCUGUUGCCUUGUUAUCCAUUACCUUAUCCUCAGCCCAGAAUAAUAUAUAAAUAAAUAUUUAUAUACAUGCAAUGUAAAUAAAUGCUAUAGAUUUAUAGACAGCUGGUCAUAAAUAAAAUUAAUGUGAACAUUUGGUAAAAUUAACAACAGGCUACUGUUGCACAUCGUUUAAAGACCAAUGGGAACAAAGAGACCAGUGUGUGUUUUAUAUUGCUAAUUACUGCACAAAAAGUGCCUCCAAGGAGGAGUCCAAAAGCAAAGCAGAGUUCUCACAGUGAGCAGCUGGUUUGGCAUUGAGGCCCCUCAUCUCUUUUUCCUGGGGUUGUACUGUCCUCGCUCUACCUACACCCUAGCAGCCUGCCAACAGCCCUCUUUGGGUAAUUGCAUUUUCUUCCCCUUGCUCCUUGAGCAGCUAGAGAAAUGGAUUGUCAUCUGUCAUGUCCAUCACUGCACACUGCUGUGGUUCCUGUACCCAUAUCCUUGGUCAAGCACAAAGUGCGUUCAGAGCACUUAGAGAUAAGGGAUGGCUCUGGGUGCCACACUGUAUAUGUGUCAAUCUCCCAUGAUGUGGGAGAGUGUAGGUUCAUGUUUGUCCAGGGUGAAUUUUCUGGGUGUGAGCAGGGAAAUAUCCUUAGUUUGUUUGGUUUGUUUUUCUCCCAGUUAUUGCCACUUCAUCUCAUUCUUUCUGCCAUCGCAGUGAAUAGGCCAAAUGGCACAAUUAGUGCACGUGAACAUUCAUGGGUUUUAUGGCUACGUGUUUUCAAAUAUGUUCUGAUCUGGCACCAUAAGUCAUUAGCUCAAAGCUCAAAGUCCACAGCCCCGCAGUACUUCUUCUCUCUACGUGGCGUAAAGUAGAUUUCAGGUUCCUUCCAACACAAGUUGUUCCAGGAAAUGGCCUUGAAGAUCUUCCCGUAACAUUUGGUGGUAACAGUGGGGACCUUCCUACCAGUGCUAGGAGACCUUGGGAGGAGGCAAAGCCAUGCUAAUUAGCCCUUGUUAAUUAGCAUUAAUUGUACACUUCUGAUGGAUGGAUGAUGGAAGAUGGCAAUGCAACUCUCCCAUGCUAGAAAAUGUAAUGGUCCUGGGGCCACUUCAUCCUACCCUACCAAUGAUGUGAAAUAUCUCUCUGAUAUGAUGCCUUUUGAGUCAAAACACUUUAUUACUAUUGAGUUCCUAAUUAUUUGGUUACCUGCACAGCCAUUCUCAGAGCAGCAAUCCAAAAACUUUGGGUAUCCCCUGAAAGGUGGGUGGGACGGAGGCAGCUGGACCCCUUUCAGCUGACAGCCCUUAUUUCAAGCUUUGUAGGGAUCCUGCCCUUCUCAUGAUGACUAUUUGCUUCUGCAUGAGGUUUCACCUGAGAUUUAACUCCUUGUUCUCAGGACCAUGCAGGCAAGAAUGAACACACUGCAAUAAUUAAGCCUUUUCUCAUUCCUCAGCAUGAUGACCAUGAACAAUUAAUAGCACUCUUGCACUCUCCAAUAUUAACACAAUUCUCCUGGGUUGGCAUUCUGGAGAUUGAAGGUGCCGAGGAUGUCCUGUGUCAUUGUGUAGGCAAAGCAAAUUUCAGGCACAAAGCACACAGUGAUCCUACACUCAAGGGUGAAGUGAGUUUUGGCUGAGGUAGGGGAAAGCAGCACAGAGUAAAGGACAAAUGUAAGGCAAUACGCUAACCUGGGUGAUGUUUUUUUCUUGUGACAUCAAGGCAUUACUUUUGUAAGCGGAUCGGUGAGAAACCUUUUGUUCAUCUUUUCAGCACUUACUCCUGGCCCAUAGCACCAGCUCUGCUCAGCUCCCAGAAGAAGAGAUGAUCCCUAGGUGUAACUGCUUAACCACACUGCUUUACAAACUCAACCAAGCACAGACCUUGCACUAAAUCUCGUAUUUUCUUCUAAUCAGGAAGCUCCAUUAUGCACCCCACCACAUUUACUCAGGCAAUUACAUAGUUUAAUGUACAUUGAUUCAAAUUCCUAAUUAUUACAUUUUUGAUUAUGGCAGAAAACAGUGAAUGACGCAUUUCUUAUUUACCAGACACUCUUUUUUCCCUUUGCAAUAUGCCAGGCUGCAUCCAAAUGGAAAUUGGAAGUCAAUUAAAGAAGUACAAAACUAGCAUUUUAAAAUCUUUUUCUUUAUUAGUUAAACACUGCUACCUUCAAUGUGUCGGCUAAAUCACGGGGGGAAAAAAAGCAAAAACUGAAAAAGUGAGCUUAUCCAGGCACGUUUUGCAUUUAAAACUGAUGUGAUACAUGAAAGAAAUAUUAAGCACAGCAAGCUGCCAAAUUAAGCAACUCUUUCAUGACAAGCAGGAGCAAGCUUGUAUCGGUACCUGAGGUUGUUCAGAGUAGAACAGUGGGAAUUUAAGAGCAGAGAAAAAGAAAAAAGAAAAAUCCUGGUGCCUGAAGUAACCAUCAGCCCCUGGCUAUGGCUUCUCAUGUAUGCUGAUUAUGGAUCUACAUGAUUUUGGGACAUCUUGCUAUUACAGGAUGGAUUGCCAUGGAAGAGCAUCCAUGAGACGUUUGGAGGUGGAGAAAUGUCCAUUCUUCUCCCGCUUAUGGGUGGUGGUUGGACUUGAUGAUCUUUGUGGUCUUUUCCAAUCUUAAUGAUUCUGUAAGUGAGAGUAGAGAUGAUGGUUUGAUGACUGUACUUGGCGAUCUUAGAGGUUUUUUCCAGUCUCAAUGAUACUAUGAUUUAUUUCUUUGACCCUUCCACCAAAUUGCCCAAGCACUGCUUAGUGGAGAAGAUGCUGGAGGCACCAACGUGAGCCUGAUUUGCAACCAAGAAGGUGAUGAGGAGCUGCACCCAGACUGCUCAACCAACCCCAUUUGGAAGCAGACAUUGAUGCAACCACAAUGGUUCGGUCCAAACACAUCCUACUGCACAGUGCCUAAGAGCUGCUUGGUAGCAUCUUGCUUACCCCAAUGGGCUUGGAGGCUGCAUCUUGCUCCAAUGAGGACACAGAGAAACAGGGAAAGCUGAGCAUCCCAGGGAUGUGGGAUCUCAGUGGGAUCAACCAUCCUCUACACAAAGACCUCACCCCAAAUUUAUGCCAAAAGGCUGAAAGAUGGGAAUCAGAACCUCAUGUGCAGAAGUGGGGCUCCUAGCACACCAGGGACACCCACCAGCACUGAGAGGUCAGCAGUAAUGAAAGAAGCUAUCAGGAGAGCAGGCGGCCAGCCAGCCAAAUGUAAUUAGUGGCAUUUGUGGAGAACAAACCUCGGCAAGCACAGGGAGGGAAUGGAGGUGGGGGAAGGGAGCCCUUCCCCUUCAUUCUGGAAAGAAAACAUGGCCAUUUGGAGGCUGUCCAAGCUGGAAUAACAGGCUGGUGAAGGACUAUUUAAUUAAAAUCCACACGGCGUUUGAAGGGAAAAGGGCUCAGAAUGAAUAAGCAUGGUGAUAAAAUAUGCAUAGGCUCCAGCAGAAGUUCUCCCUCCCCAGCACAAGCCUUUGCUUAAAGCAUUGAUGGCUUUUGAUUCACAAGCUUCAGUGAGGAGGGAAUACUUGCCAGCCACUAUUUCAAUCCAGCAGGGAGUUUUUUUCCAGGGGUUAUAGCAAUGCUAUAGUUUAGGAUGUGUCAGCAUCA